AUGCCUGAUGUACCCCACCGAUUGUGUUAUUGGCAUUUACACAACAAAGCUGUUUUAAAAGUGAAAGAUCCAUCUUUUGAGAGUAGGUUUACCAAAUUGGUAUUCCGGUACUACACAAAGGACGAGUUUGAAGAUAAAUGGUGCGACUUAGUGAAAGAUUUUGGGAUACAAGGCACUGAAUAUGCUGCAAAGCUUUAUGCAGACAAGGAGAAGUGGGCUGAAACAUUUCUGAGAGGGAAUUUCUUCUGUGGAAUGACAACUACUCAACGAAGUGAAGGUAUUAAUGCGGUGUUGAAGAAAAAAGUGAAUCAAAAGUUGAAGUUGUACGAGUUCGUCAGGGCGGUCAACAUGACCUUAUCUUUAAUUAGACAACGUGAAGCAAAGGAUGAGUACAUUACACUUCACACUAGUCCCCAGCUCGGGAAGACAAAUUUGCCACAGAUAGAGGAUGAAUUAGCAAAUCUUUACACACGGAACAUGUUUUACAAGGUACGACACCAGAUGUUGAAAGAAGGUAGGUACAUAGUGAAAACCCUAUUGGAGGAAGAGGAUGCAAUAAUUUUGAAGCUUCAGAAGUAUGCUGCUGAACAAGUGAAGAGGCAUGUAUAUGUAACACCGGAGCGUGAUCUCUUUGUUUGUGAAUGCCAACAUUUUUUGUCAUAUGGGAUACCAUGCCGACAUAUAUUUGCUUCAAUAAAAUGCCUACACAUUACUUCAAUGCCUCGAGCACUAAUACUAUCUCGGUGGAUGGUUGAGACUAAACAGACUCACAAUUUUCUAGUUGGCAAUAUGGACGCUACCUUAGACAAACGAGAGGUGGAGAGUGCAAGAUUUGGUGCAAUUAGUAGCCAGUUGGGUGAACUUGCGUAUCUUGGAUCGAGGAAUCAGUCGACAUACCAUAUUGCAAAAAGUGAGAUUGACAGAUUAUGUGGUAAGCUUAAAGCAGUUGUGGACAUGGGAGACAAGGAGAUUAGCCAUAACCUGCCUCUACACAGGGAGUUUCAAUUCCCAGUGUUGGAUCCAUACUUCACAAAAAGAAAGGGUACAGCAAAGGAUCACCGGAUUGGAGAGUCAGAUGAAUAUGAAGAUGCAGAAGAAGAUGACCAAUGCUAUGGAAUGGGAUUGAAUGAUGAAUGGGCUGGGCAAAACUCAAUGGACUACACACAACAUGAGAAUGAGACAGAAAAUGAUGUUGCUGAUGAUUUAGGCAAUGGACUAUAG